CUUCCUUCUUUCAUUUCUCCCUUUUGUGCGAGUGUUUAUAUCAAUAAAAGGAAAGAGUAAUAAAAACAGAUAGGGAGGAGGUGCUUGUCCAUAUCCUCAAAAAAGCAAAAAGUCAUGAGCCGUCCUCAGUCUGUCAACACUGUUGACACACCCGUUCACGAUCUCGCGUCCAGUCCUCCCAAUCCCUCUGAUGCCUCUCAGACAGACCCCGUCCUCUCUCCCCCUAACCAGCCCCGUCGCUCUCUCUCCACUCACCUCUCCCCUGAUUAUCACAGCUGGGUCACCGAUGUCUCUUCCCCUUCUCAAGGCCCAACUUCUUCCUCACCAGCUGUUCCCACUGUACCUUCUGCCAGUCGUUUCCUAGAUGCUGUCACAGGUCGAUCCAAGGCACAGCAAGGACGUAUUAGACGAGAGAACCAACCCAGCUUCAAUGGAUCCACUUUUACAAAUUCCGACAACGAAGCUAGUAGAGAGCACGACUCUGAGUAUGGCAAUAACAACGACAACAACGACAAUGACGACGAAGAUGCUAAUGACAAUGGCGACGAUAGUAGCAAGGACAACAAAGAUAUUGUACAGCAACAAGACCCUAUUCUGCCCACUCGCAGUAGCAACGGUCGUAGUAGCCGCGGUUAUGGUGCCACGAAUACUAGUAGUCAAGACCCUUCUUUGAGUACAACAGUAGCUCCCCUUAGCUCUAACUACGGAUUCAACGAUACGACUGAUGCCGCGUCAACCCCAAGACUUCCUCCCCUGAGCCAGAGUCGCGUGCAAGUGCCCGAUCGUACACGACCAGCAUACAAAAUGGGGGCUCCUAUUACGACCAAACAACGUCCAAAUAAACAGCGCACACCUUCUACGUCUCCAACAUCAGAGCCCGACCAUGACCGUGCAGACCAGCCGACAGAGACAUCAGCGUUGCUAGGAGGAGGAGGGCGAGACAACCAAAAUAGGACAAGGAACCCACAAGGGGAUAGAGAGGAGAGAUGGACCAACGAGGGAUCUAGGCGUAGGGUAGCACGCUACGAUGGCGCAAAUCAACAAGGAAUCUUGGACCAGUAUAUGACAGAUGAAAACGGCAUGGAUUCAUUACGUCGACCGAGCAGGUAAGGAUUGGAUUGGGCUAGUUGGUUUUGUUCUUUUUUUGUAUGCAUCAUUCAACAUCAGGAUGGUGUGAUUUGGCGGUAUAACAUAUUUUAUUUUAUUGCCUUUAAUUUUAAAGUCAUCAUCACACGACCAGAUGCAAGGUCUAUGAAAGAUGUGAUAUGAUGCCAU